CGUUGAUAUUUAUAUAUCAACAGUAAAGGGGUCAUUUCUCGGUGACCUCUAUCUAAAGCUUCUAAACAAGCAGGCUUCGGAUAAUGGCUCUCUGCUAUCUAAGAAGUUUGCUUCUCCAAGCCCCAAAGCUUCGUUUGGUUUUAUUUCAAUUUUUCUUCAUUUCCUUUUUAUUGCUAAUCCCUUCUUCAGGUUCAUUAUACUUCAUUUUUUCCGGUUCUGACAAUAAGUCCCGAAACAUCUUAAAGUUGGAUGGCAAUGCAUCCUUCAACGGAAAUGGGGUUACACUGACCGUUGACCAACCGAGUCUCGGAGGUCGAGCUGCAUAUAAAGAUUUAGUGCGCAUCUGGGACAAACAGACAACAAACCUGGCAGACUUCACCACCCGUUUCAUGAUUACCAUUGCAUCGACUUCAAACUGCACCGGUGAUGGGUUCGCUUUCUUCCUCCUCACGCCGAGUAAUGAUUUGGCCUAUCAAAGUGAAGCAGGUAACUGUCUUGGUCUUGUCAGUAACAACCGUUUCGCCGCCGAUGGAUGGUGCGACAAUAGAACAGAAAAUCAACUCAUUGCAGUGGAGUUCGACACUUAUUAUAACACAAAUUGGGAUCCGCCAUACAAUCAUGUAGGUAUUGAUGUUCACUCUGUGGAGUCUGUGGCAACUGCUAGCUGGAACAGUACUAUUAACAACAAUGGAAGUACAAUCGAUGCUCGGAUUACCUAUAAUUCUAGUACACAUAAUCUGAGUGUGUUCUUGACAUAUGACAAAAAGCCUGCAUCUAGUACCCCUGACCUUUCGCAUACAAUUGAUAUGCGUGACAUCUUGCCAGAAUGGGUGCUUACUGGGUUCUCUGCUGCUACUGGUGGGUGCACGGAACAACAUGAGCUUCGUUACUGGGAGUUCAAUUCGAGUUUGGAGGUAGAGGUGUCCAAUUCCACAGUGGGGAAGGAUGGACUCAAGUCAACUACGGGAAGUAAUUCCACCUCCACGUUGCGCAACGGGGGGGCAAAUUCGACUUUGCUCGUUGGACUGCUUGUUGGUGCGGGGAGCUUGAUGGGUUUGUUGGGCAUGACAUGGUUUAUCAUUCGUAUGAAGACGAAGGGGGAUACAGAAGAAAUGGAGGAUGCACUUUUUGAUGAUGAUUCUAUGAAUGAUGAAUUCGAAAAGGGAGCCGGUCCUAAAAGGUUCUUGUUUGGUGAAUUGUCUCGGGCAACAAAUAACUUCGAUGCGGAACGGAAGCUUGGAGAAGGAGGCUUUGGAGGUGUUUAUAGAGGUUUUCUGAGUGAUGUCAACUUGGAAGUGGCCAUCAAGAGGGUCUCCAAACGGUCUCAACAAGGGAUAAAGGAGUAUAUGUCUGAGGUGAAGAUCAUUAGUCGAUUACGGCACAAAAAUUUGGUCCAACUUGUGGGUUGGUGUCACCAGCGAAAUGAGUUCCUCCUUGUGUACGAGUUCAUGACCAAUGGGAGUCUCGAUUCCCAUCUCUUCGGACAGAAGGAAUCAUUGACAUGGCAGCUAAGGUACAAUAUCGCUCUUGGCUUGGCCUCUGCAUUGCUCUAUUUGCAUGAAGAGUGGGAACAAUGUGUCAUGCAUAGAGAUAUUAAAUCAAGCAAUGUGAUGUUAGACUCCAGUUUUAAUGCGAAACUUGGAGAUUUCGGGUUGGCUAGACUCGUAGACCAUGGCCAACAAGCACAAACAACUGUGUUAGCUGGCACCAUGGGUUACAUGGCUCCCGAAUGUGUUGCAACUGGGAAAUCCAGCAAGGAGUCAGAUGUCUAUAGCUUUGGAAUUGUUGCUUUGGAAAUUGCUUGUGGAAGGCGGCCUGUUGAACCAUGGCUAGAAACAAAUAAGGUAAGGUUGAUAGAAUGGGUAUGGGAGCUCUACGGAAGAGAAAUGCUUGUUGAAGGAAUAGAUCCUAGACUUACAAAUAUGGGUUUUGAUGAAAAGCAAUUGGAGUGUUUGAUGGUUGUUGGGCUAUGGUGUGCUCAUCCAGAUUCCAACCUUCGACCCUCCAUAAAGCAGGCGAUGCAGGUUCUUAGUUUCCAAGCUCCAUUACCCAAUCUCCCACCUAAGAUGCCGGUACCCAUUUAUUGUGUCCCUCAAUUUAGUGUGCGUGAUUCUUCAAAUUCAUCAUCCGAUGCUGUGUUUUCUAAUAAUUCUUCUACUGCAUCUCUCUUGUACCCACGCUAAGCUGAAAUCUUAAUUUUUGUUGUAUUGUCAUUAAUUUUCUGUAAUUUUCUUUCUAUGCUUUCCUUUGUCUAUAUAAGUGUAUGUGGCUCUUUUAUUAUAUGUUAAUGAAAAUAAAUUAUGU